UUUCCAACUCUUCCAAACCAAAAACUUAUAACUUCUACAUUGAAUCAAAAAACUCUCUUAAUCUCUCAUUGCACUCUAAAAACACACAACAUGAUCAGCACAAACAAGCUUAUUAAGAUGGCAAGAAAGUGGCAAAAGUUGGCAGCCGCGAGUAAGAAAAGGAUUUCUUGGCCAAGAUCAGUGGCUAAUGAGGGUCACUUUGUUGUCUACACUACUGAUGGAAGACGGUUCAUGAUUCCAUUGGCUUAUCUGAAGAGUGAAGUUUUCAUAGAGUUGUUUAGAAUAGCAGAAGAAGAAUAUGGAGUUACAAGUUCGGGGCCAAUUACCUUGCCUUGUGAUUCAAAAUUCAUGGAGUAUGUGAUUUCGGUGGUUCAAAGAUGUGCACCUCAGGAAUUGGAACAGGCACUGAUGAUGUCGUUAACCAGCUGCAGACACUCAGCACUGUUACAAGAACAUCAAGAACAAAGUAGUUCACAUUUACUUAUCUGUAGUUUCUAGAAUAAAUUUUGAUUCUUUUUAGUAUACAACAUGUACAUGGUUUACAUCUUUCCCUGGAAAGUUAAUGAUAAUAUAGGAAAGAGAUUCAAAUUCAAGAGUCUUUCAUUCUAUAAACACACAUUUCCCGUUAGAUAUAUUUAUUUUGUUACUUUUAAAUGUGAAGUUGCAUAGAAUAGUUUGUUAUCAAGAGUCCAUUGAAAAAAACCUUUAGUGCACAUUUCACCCAUAUGAACGAUGCAAAUUCACUACACAAAGCAACAAUUACAUUUUUCACAAUUAAGAGACUAUCAUUUUGUUAAUAGGAUCAACUUUAAACACUUCUAAAUUUGGUAAUACGAUCAGGUGAUCACCCAUCGUUCAUCGUCUCAUCCAUAAACUCAUUAUCUCUCUAU